GCCACCGCCCAAUGGGGGUGGGCACAGGGGCGGGAUUCGCAGGGUGUGUGUGAGCUUAGGGCGGCCAGCAGCAGCAGCGGCGGCACUUUUUCUUGCCCUCAGACUGUCAGUGGUGGAGUCGGCGGCCGCGGAAGGGAGGCAGGCAGGCAGGCAAGCAAGCAAGCAAGGAAGCAAGCAAGCAAGCGCGAGCGGGGAGAAGCCAGAGGCGCGGCAUGAUGCGGCUCCGGAGCCUGGCGCUGCUGAGGGACCUGCUGCGGCUCAGCCAGACUGGCGCGACAACAGUUGGCGGCAGCGGCGGCGGAUUGGUCUGUUGCCGCCGCCCGGCGCUGAGGCGUCUCCAUUUCGCUUUGCCUGCCGUUGCCGGCUGUCGGCUGGUGCCCGGCGGCGGCGGCGGCCGCUCUUUAUGCACCCGCUCAGAAGGAAUCCUGGAGGAGCCGGGGAAGGGCCCCCCGAAGCAGCAGCAGCAGCAGCAGCCGCCCUCUUCCUCGGAGGCGGAAAUGCCGCCCUCGGCUGCUGGCAGCAGCAACAACCACGGUUCCGGGCCCGGCCAGGAACCAGGCGGCGUGGCGGAAAAUAAGAUAAAACAAGGUCUCUUGCCUAGUUUGGAGGAUUUGCUGUUCUAUACCAUUGCGGAAGGGCAAGAAAAAAUACCAGUUCAUAAGUUCAUUACGGCUCUGAAAUCCACAGGCUUGCGUACAGCUGAUCCAAGGCUGAAAGAAUGCAUGGAUAUGCUUAGACUGACUCUUCAGACAACUUCUGAUGGUGUCAUGCUAGAUAAAGAUCUCUUUAAAAAGUGUGUUCAAAGCAAUAUCGUCUUGCUUACUCAGGCUUUCAGGAGAAAAUUUGUCAUUCCAGACUUCAUGUCAUUUGCCUCUCACAUUGAUGAAUUGUAUGAAAGUGCUAAAAAACAAUCUGGAGGAAAGGUUGCUGACUAUAUUCCACAGUUGGCUAAAUUCAGUCCUGACUUGUGGGCAGUGUCGGUAUGCACAGUUGAUGGACAGAGGCAUUCUAUUGGAGAUACCAAAGUUCCGUUUUGUCUUCAAUCCUGCGUAAAGCCUUUGAAGUACGCUAUUGCUGUUAAUGACCUUGGCACUGAAUAUGUACACAGAUAUGUUGGUAAAGAGCCUAGUGGACUAAGGUUCAAUAAAUUGUUCCUCAAUGAAGAUGACAAGCCUCACAAUCCUAUGGUGAAUGCUGGAGCAAUUGUGAUUACUUCCUUGAUCAAGCAAGGAGCAAAUAAUGCAGAGAAAUUUGACUAUGUGAUGCAGUUCAUGAAUAAGAUGGCUGGAAAUGAAUAUGUUGGAUUCAGUAAUGCCACGUUCCAGUCUGAAAGAGAAAGUGGAGACCGAAACUUUGCAAUAGGCUAUUAUCUGAAAGAGAAAAAGUGUUUUCCAGAGGGCACAGAUAUGGUUGGCAUAUUAGACUUCUACUUCCAGCUUUGCUCCAUAGAAGUGACCUGUGAAUCUGCCAGUGUAAUGGCAGCGACUCUGGCUAAUGGAGGAUUCUGUCCAAUCACUGGUGAGAGGGUAUUGAGUCCUGAAGCAGUUCGGAACACCUUAAGUUUAAUGCAUUCCUGUGGCAUGUAUGACUUUUCAGGACAAUUUGCUUUCCAUGUUGGUCUACCUGCAAAAUCAGGAGUUGCUGGUGGCAUUCUUUUGGUUGUUCCUAAUGUUAUGGGCAUGAUGUGCUGGUCGCCACCUCUGGACAAGAUGGGCAACAGUGUUAAAGGGAUACACUUCUGUCAUGAGCUGGUUUCUUUGUGCAAUUUCCAUAAUUAUGAUAACUUGAGGCACUUUGCAAAGAAGCUUGAUCCUCGCAGAGAAGGUGGUGAUCAGAGGCCUUCCUUUGGACCGUUGGAUUAUGAGAGUCUUCAGCACGAACUUGCAUUAAAAGAGACUGUGUGGAAAAAAGUGUCACCCGAGUCAAAUGAGGACAUCUCCACCACUGUAGUGUAUAGAAUGGAAAGUCGGGGAGAGCAAAACUAGUAUUCCAGUUUCUUUAGAUUUCAGUUUCAGAUACUUUAAUUCUGUUCUUGAUUUCAGUGUUUUGUAAAACUCCUUGAGAUACCAUAAAUUAGCCUCUAAUUUCAUGCAAAUUGCUUUUUCAGAAAGCAAACUGAAACAAAACCAGAAAAAUGUGUAUUCAUAUGUUUAAGGAAUGAAUUCAAAAGGAAUGUUUUAGGAUGUUGGAAAAUAUAGCAGUAAGGUACAAUACAAAAGGCAUAAUGACAAGGAAAAAUGGCAGCAGUAAAUAUAGGAGAAUUAAUUUCCUAAAAUCUUUUUAGAAGUUUCAGAAUUUCCUUCUAUCUGUACUCUAUGGGUAGGCAAUUAUUCCUUUUGUUUUCCCCCCGAUGAACAGCUUAGAAUUUUGUCCCAAAAACACUUAAAUGGAAGAACUUUAUAUAUUAACAUAGGAAGCUGCCUUGUACCAAAUCUGACCCUUUAUUCAGCUAGCUCAUUGUUGUCUACACUGACUAGCAUCAGCACACUAUGGUCAGAUAGGGAUGUUUCCCAGCCCUAUCUGAAGAUUAAAGUUUCAUGGUUCGAAAUGCAACUUGAUUACAAACAAUACAGUAAGUUAUUGCACUUACGCUAUGUGGACAUGUUUGGAAAUUGAGUUGAAAAACAAACAUUUAUGUACUAAUGUGUAGAACCUUAGCUUGACUGUGUAACUGCUUAUAAAUAUUAACAUAACACGGCAUAUGCUGUUGAUAGUUAGCCCAAUACUCUAAUAGCAUAUUAUAAAAGUGUUUGCAGUGAGCCUUCUGCUUUUGAAACAUGUGACUGUUCUGUUGUUUAGGCUUGGGAAUCCAGGUUAGUAUUUUCAGAUUAAUAUUAUACCAGAGUAAAUUCAGAUUAAUAUUAUACCAGAAACACACACAAUUUGUGUGACAACACUGCUGCAAGGAAUGUGAGAAGUAGCAUUGAUGGUGUAACUGUGUCAUGGUUUGAUCUAGAUCGGGAAUAUAUGCAGCAAGUAGGCUGUGGAAUGGAAUACUGGCCAGUUUCUGGCAGACCAUGGAGUGCCAGCUGGCUACUGAGGUUCUGGGUUAGGUGGACAUCAGUCUGAUCUUGCAAAGCACUAAGGAAGAAAAAGUAGGAUAUGCAGGAUCACUUAACACAAAUUGACUCCCAAGUAUUUAUUUAAGACCUUCAAACUUAUUGUAUAAAAACAGAUUGUAAAAAUGUUGUUUAAAGCAUAAUAAAAACGGACGUUUCGGCAUCAGACACCAGCCUCAGUGUUGUUCCUACUUCUUCUGUACACACAGAUACAGUAAUUUCAUUCAACAAUGUAGGCUAACCGGUUUUGAGUGGUGUGAGGGGAGAAAAGGGAUAAAGAGCCAAGUUCACACAGCCAAGUUCAGAAGAAGUAGGAACAAUACUGAGGCUGGCAUCUGGCGCCGAAACAUCUGUUUUUAUUAUGCUUUUAACAUUUUAAAACAACGUUUUUUCAAGGUUCUAUCAUUUGUGUUUACGCAAUGAAUUUGAAGAUCUUAAAGAAAUACGUGGGAGUCCUUUUAAAUAUGCAUAUUGCAUCGCCAGCUUACCAAUUUAACAUAAAUUGGUUAUGCUUUCACUAUUAGAAGGUCCCUAAUAUGCAAUCUUUCUUUGUAAACCUAAAACACACCCUGGUAGAUCAUGCAUGAGUGAAGUAAUCCCAUCCUGUCCUACAUCAGGAUAUUGAAACUGUCAUUGUGGAAGGAAGAAGAAGAGAGCAGGCUUGUGCCUGUCCAGGUUUAACUAAGGGCUUAUUUGUAUGUGUAAGCAUGUGAGUAUGCACACACUCCUGCAUGCCUGCCUGCCAGCCAUCCUCCCUGGGGAGAGAUUUGGAGUAUACAUUGGUCUUGUUAUCUACAUGUGAUUUCCAUCUCCCACUCUUAUGGAGAAAAGUAAACGUCUGAACUGGGAGUUCCUACAGUUGGUGAACAUGGCAUUUCUUUAGACACAGGGGAGGGGGAGUAGCAAGCCCAAGCCCUGCUAUCUCCAGGAAGAAUCCUAGGAAGGUAAACCUUGUCCAUACUGACUCUCAGAUAAACAGAGGUCUUCAUUGAUGAAGUUAGUUGUCCUCCCACACUGAGAUAGAUGGAUAUAACCAAAAGGAAAGAGCAGGACUAUACCAGCCCUGGGAUAUGGUUUUGAAAGAAGCAGCAAAGCAAGCAAAAUCCCCAUGCAGACAGAAGGGUACAUCCCAAAAGCUUCUGAAGCACCAUCAUUGGGAGGGAGAAAUAUGAUUCAUAGAUCACCCUGUAUUGUGCUGACUGGGAAGAAGAUAUAGCUGUUCCUGGAAGUGUUAAGAUGGAAGCUGGCCCCAUUCGGUCUGAUAGUUCCAUCCUUUUGAUUUUGUGGGCGGUGAAUUCUCCCUGGGAGAAACCCGGUGUUGCAUAUUGGUUUGUGCACUCACGUCCCCCUCUCCUCUAUUGCAUAUUUUUCCUCCCAUGUUUCAUAAGGGGUGCUUGCCUCACACUUUGAAAGAAGUGGGUCUACACAGAGUUCGCAUGGAGGAUAGCUUAGUUCAGUGAAACUAUUUAUCUGUGUGGCAUGGAUGCUAAGAGGAUGGAUUUGAAAUAGAUAAUAUCCUGACUCAGCAGCAUGAACUUGUUGCUUCCCUGGGCAGUUGACUUUGUUAGUUAAUUACAAAAUGUUUUGCAUCUCUGAAACAUGUGUCCUUGGCAUGGUUGCUUUAACGGACCUCUUGUGAAUUGUCUUCAGUAGGUUUAAAACUGUAACAGAUUAAUUGGCACUUUAUACUGACACAAUUCCUGGGCCAGACAGACAUUCUAGUCAAUUAAAGAUUAAAAUUUCAUACCCAAGGCUUAAGAGCCAUUCAGCCUAAAGUGUAUAUGUGGAUGUCUAGUAUUAUUCAUGCACAAGAGGCAUUUGUUAUGUGAAUGAGCAUUCUGGCCAAUGUAAGUUUUAUAUUCACAUUUCAUACUAGUUGAAAUAAGAGCCACUUUAAACCUUGUGUAGAAAUGCCCUGUGUGGCAGGGCAUUUGAGCGUAAUUAUGAUAUGAGCGUAGCUGGUCUGAUUAUACAGAGUAAUGGCUACAUUCCAAUGAUGAUCUGUUCAUAUGAACAACAUGACAAUAUCAUGUUAAAAACUGACAGAAUAUUAAGUGUGUUGUCUUAAUAAAGCUUAGUGUACUUUUGUGUUGACAGCAAUAACAGUUCUUGAUAUUCAAGCAUUUUACUUGUUUCUAUUUUUCUAUGCUGGCAUAAUUAAUGCUUCAUUGGAAAUGGAAAUGCUUUUAAACUUUGUUAGCAAGUGUUUGUAUGCUUUUGCCUGAGUUUCAGUGAUUGGUCAUGUGUUACAUUUUUUUUUCAUUUGCCUUGUAUGUUAUUUAUGUUUCUUCCGCACAUAUACUUUUGUAUUACAAUAAAUUUUAUUUUAAGCUGUU